UCACAGCACUUUCCCUCUGACUCUUUACAACUGCACUCAAGGCAUACCAGGCUUAUCUAAUUAUUUAUAGGUAAAGCCCUCACUGUACUCAUUUUUCAAUUAGCUUGUUGGAAAUUACGGAGUAUCAGCGACUACGAUUGGUCUUCGCCUUUUAUGGAGACCAAUCGAGUGGAUUGGAAGAUCCGUCUGGAGAUCCAUUUUCCGUCCUUCGGUGACACUUGGCCAGUUCCCUGGAACUAAACACUACGCUAUUAGCGGCUGAAAAUGAAUGAAUGAGUGGUUUUGAGUGUGAAUGUGAGUGGCAGGCCUGGUCUCCCGACUUCAAACGGCCACCGAAGCGGGUCAAUGCUGUACACGUCUGGUACUUGUAUAUUUUGUAUAUCUCUGUCUCCCUGCGAUAAGGCGCUUAGUGUUAAUGGAUGUUUGAUGUGAAGUGUAGUGCGUGCAAUAGCAUUGUUUCCACGGUUUAUGGGGCCAUGUGAUGGCUACAUUACUGCCUCAAAUAGCGGUCAUAAACGCUGAUAAAGCAUCGAUGGAUUAGCUGCGAACCGAUUCUGGAUAUCGCAGUUAGAUAAGGCCCAUUCAUUGGCCGCCUUUCGGGACUUUCGCAGUUCGCUUCCUGAAUCAUCAACCAUCGAACAGAUACAGAUCCAGUUGUCCGAACAUGGCCAUGACCAUGACAAGAUGCAAUUACCAUUCGAUCUACAUGGACAUGACCAUUAAAGCUCCAGCAGACAUUUAGACGCAGCAUUGUCAGUAAUCAGCAUGUUGUUUAUGGCGUGGAAAGCCAUACUCCCAGCCAGUUUGUCAAAGUGGAGGCGAUCGCCGAGAGAGCUAUCUUCCCUAGCUGGGUUAUCUGACGCCCGCCACUGCCGUAAACCUCGUAAAAGCUCGGGGCCUAAGGCUGGAUAAUUUAUGCCGGGCCACCGAAUUCACACGCCCACCGUUGAAGUAAAGGCCUGGCCAAAUAUAGAACAGUCCUUAUCUGUGGCGGAGGUGUCAAGCACAAGGCCACAAGUCUCGGUUUCGGUUUCUGAUGAAAUGUCGCCGAUCCUCAGAUCACUAACGAAUCUCAGUGGCCAUAUGAAAUGGAGCUGCCGGUGGAGCAAGUACCCCUGCUGGAAAUACAGCCAGCGGCUGAGCCUGUGGCUGAACCAGAGCCUACUCCCGCGGCCGAAGUAGCUCCUGCAAGUCCCGAGGGUUCCGGUCCAAGUGUUGCCGAAGAAGUCACCCCGAGUGUUGCGACCGUUGAAGACACUACCCCGUCUGCAGCACGUGCAGAGAGUCAACCGUCCAUCGAGAGCAACGGCACGGCGGAGGACAAGAAGCUUCCCGAGAUCGCCAAAAAGAAUGGCAAGGAGCCCGAGCAAAAUGACAAGGAGCCCGACCAGAAUGGCAAGGAACUGGCGGAGGCCAAUGACUUCAAGAACGUCUCCGAGACUGAGGGUCAGCAGAAGAAACUGCCCUACCCCAAGUCCGUGUUCUUCAUCAUCAGUAACGAAUUCUGCGAACGUUUCAACUACUACGGCAUGAGGACUGUUUUGGUUCUGUAUCUGAGUCGAGUUCUGGGCUAUUCUGAUGACACCGCCACCGUGGUCUUCCAUAUCUUCACCAUGUUCGUGUACUUCCUGUGCGUUUUUGGAGCCAUCAUUUCGGACUCUUGGCUGGGAAAAUUCAAGACUAUCCUGUAUUUAUCGCUGGUUUACAUAUGCGGAUCGGUGCUGCUGACCCUAGGUGCCAUUAGACCACUUAACCUGCCCAUGGAAACGUUCACGAUGAUGGGCCUUGCGCUAAUUGCCCUUGGUUCAGGUGGCAUUAAGCCGUGUGUGUCGGCGUUCGGUGGCGAUCAAUUUAAGGUGCCGGAGCAGGUGAAGCAGAUCACUUCGUUCUUCUCGCUCUUUUACUUUUCGAUCAAUGCCGGAUCGCUGAUCUCCACCACGGUGACCCCUAUACUGCGCGAGGACGUGUCCUGCUUUGACGACAUUAACUGCUAUCCAUUGGCCUUUGGAGUACCUGCCGUACUUAUGAUUGUGUCGGUCAUAAUCUUCGUUUUGGGACGAUCCCUGUACAAGAUGAAGCCACCGGCCGGAAAUAUGGUGGUGCUUGUGAGCAGUACCAUCUGGACAGCCCUGACCACCAAAUGUAAGGAGAAAAAGACCAAUCCGAGGGAGCACUGGCUGGACUAUGCCGAUAGAAAGUACGACCGCCAGUUGAUUGACGAUGUGAAGGUCCUUAUGCGAGUCCUCUUCCUCUACCUGCCACUUCCGGUCUUCUGGGCACUGUUCGAUCAGCAGGGCUCCCGUUGGACCUUCCAGGCCACCCGAAUGGACGGCGACAUGGGCUCCUGGGACAUCAAGCCCGACCAGUUGCAAGUGCUCAAUCCUCUGCUCAUCCUAAUCUUCAUACCGUUGUACGAUGUGGCCUUCUAUCCGGUCCUGAAACUAGUGGGCAUCCGACGGCCGCUGCAGAAACUCACCAUGGGCGGCAUCCUUGCGGGCAUUGCUUUCAUCAUUUCCGGAGUGGUGGAGCUUAGCUUGGAGAAAACCUAUCCCGACCUGCCCUACAGCCAGAACGUCCAGCUGCGCAUCUUCAACGCCGACAACUGCGACUACCUCUUCACCUCGAACAUUCCCGGAGCGGAAAGUGUGACGGUGACCUCGUUGAAUGCCUAUACCAACAAGGAUAUUUACGCACCCGGUUCACUGGACGUGGAGUACUCGCUCAGCAGUACAGAUGAAGCUUGUGCCAUUAGCGCCGACAAAAUACGUAAAGUCCUUACUGAUAAGACGGCAUGGUCUCUGUUCCUCAAUCCGCUGAAUGGUAGUGGAUACUACUGGGAGGAGGAUUUUGUGGACAAGCCGAGCCAGAGCCAUCCGCUGAUCCGAAACGUCGCUAAUGUGCCGCAGGGGCUAUCAAUUCGUUGGCAAAAGCCUAGCACGGGAGAGGUGGUCUAUGAUGACCUGGCUAGCAAAACAUUGCUCACUCGUGUGAAUUCGGCGGAGUAUGAAGUCCUGGUGGGCGAAACGAACGUCGGAACAUUCGAUGUCCACACCGGCGGCGUGUACACACUCCUGAUUAAAGAUAACAACAACAUUUACGAAGCCAAUUUGGUGGAAGUGACGAGCCCCAACUCGGUAAAGAUCCUUUGGCUGGUGCCGCAGUACGUGGUGAUGACCCUCGGCGAGGUGAUGUUCUCGGUGACGGGACUGGAGUUCUCAUACGCCCAGGCUCCUCCCAGCAUGAAGAGUGUCCUGCAGGCCUGUUGGCUGCUAACGGUGGCCUUCGGCAACGUCAUUGUGGUCGUCAUCGCCGAGGCCGCCUUAUUCGAAUCGCAGGCCAGCGAGUUCUUCCUGUUCGCCGGCCUCAUGUUCGCCGACAUGCUGAUCUUUAUGGUGAUGGCCUACUACUACGUGCCCAACGAUCCGAACAAGGCGGAGGAGGCCCAGCCCCUGACGGCGGGCGAUGCCAAGACAGAGAUUCCCGCGCUCGAAGACGGAGUCGAGAACAAGGGCAAGGACAUCACCGAGUAGACCUCAAUCCGAUUCGUCCUGCUUGCUCCCGCGUUGUGUAUUAUAUAUAUUUGUACUUGUAGAUGUGUAUAUGUAUGUAAAUCCUUAGUGGCCUUUGUCCAUUUCCAAGCUAAGUGUAAGUGAAGCUGCGACCGGGCAUUGUUGCAUAUGAAAAGACAUCCAACUAGUUAAUCUAAUAAAAGAAACUUAAUAAUAUAA